CAAUAAUAGCCGAUCGCAUGAUGUGGUCAGGAGUUUAAAGGAGUGUGUGUUUCGAGGUCUGUUUUCUGAGCAGGUCAUGAUGGAUCAUCGAGCAGCUCUCAGACUGAUUCUCUUGAGCGUCUUUCUCAUCUCAGCCAGUUCUCAAGCUGUUAAGAAGAAACAAAAUGUGGAUAUAUACAGCUUCUACAUUAACUCCACGGUCACCAGUCGCUACGCCACAACGGUCAUCACAAGCCGUGUGGCGAACACACUGAAUGAAUCUCAAGAGAUCCAGUUUGAGGUCAAGAUACCCAAGACUGCCUUCAUCAGCAAAUUCAGAAUGACCAUAGAGGGGAAGACAUAUGAUGGUGUUGUGAAGGAAAAACAGGAAGCUCAGCAGCAGUACAGUAAAGCAGUAUCUCGAGGACAAAGUGCUGGACUGAUCAAAUCUGUUGGAAGGACUUUAGAAGACUUUAAAACUUCAGUGACGGUGGCUGCUCUUAGUAAAGUGACCUUUGAGUUGACCUACGAAGAACUGCUAAAGCGCCGCCUCGGCAAAUAUGAGUUACUCAUCAAUGCCCAACCGAUGCAGCCGGUGGCAGAUUUCAAGAUGGAUGUACACAUCCAAGAGAAACCAGGAAUUUCCUUCUUGGAGGUGAAAGGAGAUUUGAGCACCGGUGAUCUGGCCAAUGCCAUCAAAACCACCAGAGCAGACAAAGACGCAUGGGUGACCUUCUACCCCACUCGAGAUCAACAGACCAAGUGUAAAAGUUGUGGAGAAAGUGGGCUGAAUGGUGACCUGCUCAUAACAUACGAUGUUGAGAGACGAAAUCCCAAAGGAGAAGUCAUGGUAUCAAAUGGCUAUUUUGUCCACUACUUUGCACCCUCUGAUGUUCCACGUAUUCCCAAAAAUGUGGUGUUUAUCAUUGACCGGAGCGGUUCUAUGUACGGCAGAAAAAUAGAUCAGACUCGUUUGGCACUGCUAAGGAUUUUAAGUGAUCUUGAUGAGGAUGACCACUUUGGAUUGAUCACCUUCGAUCAUUUAGUUGACACGUGGAAGCGUGAACUCCUGAAAGCUACCAAGCAAAAUCUGGAGAAUGCAAAAUCUUUUGUGAAGAAGAUCAGAGAAGGAGGAACCACAGACAUAAACGCUGCAGUUCUAGCAGGAGUGGACAUGAUCAAUCGACAUCCACGAGUGGGAACCGCCUCCAUCCUGAUCCUGCUGACUGAUGGAGAUCCCACUUCAGGUGAAACUAACAUAGAGAGGAUAAUGGCCAAUGUGAAAAAGGCCAUUGGGCUGAAGUUUCCCCUCUACUGUCUUGGUUUUGGACAUGAUGUUAACUUUGACUUCCUGACAAAGAUGUCACUGGAAAAUGGUGGAGUCGCUCGCAGGAUUUAUGAAGAUUCGGACGCUGAUCUACAGCUGCAGGGCUUCUAUGAUGAAGUUGCCGUCCCUCUCCUCGCUGAUAUUCAACUUAAAUACACAGGAGGGACAAACCUUACCAAGACCAGCUUUACCCUGUACUUCAACGGCUCUGAGAUUGUGGUUUCAGGACAAAUCACAGACAACAGUGUGGAGAGUUUCAGCACUGAAGUCAUUGCAGUAUCGAAAGGCAGUAGUGUGACGUAUCAGGACACUGUAAUGAUAAAAGACCCCAGUGAUGUCCCACCUGAGAAUGAAGAUUUCAUGCAGAGACUGUGGGCCUACCUUACAGUGAAGCAACUUCUGGAAAGGCAGGUGCUUCUUAAAGGACAAGAGAAAGAGGAUGAAGAGAAAGAAGCUCUCAAACUCUCUCUGAAAUACCAGUUUGUCACCCCCCUCACCUCUAUGGUCGUCACUAAGCCACAGAAGGAUGAAGUGGAAGUUGCCGACAAACCCAAAGAGGGAAAAGAGGAACCUGAAUAUACCCAGUUCGGUUAUGGGAAAGUACACGGUCAUCAUUCAUCAGCAAAUAAAUUCCUGUCUCAUCCUUCUCUUCUGGCUGUAGCUGGUCCGUCGCCCACAAUUGCAGAUGACACUGAUUAUGGUUUCUUUGAUUCUGAUCCUGAUCCUGAUUUUUAUUUACAUUCUGUGAUGCCAACUUAUUCCUCCGUAACUGAACAAUUGCAUACAACUGAGAACCCUAUUGUGCAAGUUUGUAGCAAUUGUUUCCUGCUGCCUGCUGCUGGUCAGUCUAAGCCGCUUUGUUUUGACGUUCCUGUUCCUCACAAACUCAAACUGCUACAAGAUUCUGCUUCAGAGUUUGUUAUGAAUGGAGAGUCUUUGAGUGGACAGAAUGGAUUCAAUCAAAUUGCUUUUCAUUACAAAUCUAACCAUCACUUGAUAAUAAGCAAGCAGUCUAUCAGUUACCGAAAUGGACAGGAUGAUGUGCAGAUCUUGUGGGGCCAGACGCCAACUCAACAUGAUACAGAGGGCGUGUCUCUGGUUGUACAUGAAGGUCAAAUGAACGUCACCAUGGGAAAUAUUCGUGUUGUUAUUCUUCUUCAAAAGAAAGAUCAGGUCCUGUUUUUGUGGCCUGCCAUUUGGGAAUAUCCAAAAGAUGUCAAUUUGACAGGGAUUUUAGGAAAACCCAAUAUUUCAUAUGAGGGGAUUGAAGGAUCGCAAACACCAACUCUAAAGAUAAUGAACAAGGAGGUGGAGACAUAUUUGGAGACUGUCAGCGAUUACAGACUGCAUUCAACUCCUUUUCGAGAAUGCUGGCAUGUACCAUUCCAGGCUGUGAUGGGGGGCGAGAUUUCUGAUUUCACUGUCACUCAGCUGUAGAGUUAACAAACAAUGUUUCCCAAUAUAUUGUGAUGGUCUGUUUUAAGCACAGUAAGCGUUUCAAUGGUUCAAUCCCAUCUGACCUAGAAACUGUGUUGUUAAAUCUGACCAAAGAGAGUAUGACAUUGUCUUUGGCACUGCUUUCUCAAGAUUUUAUGUUAACAAAUAAAAAGCAAUUAAAUAACAGAAGGUUUCCAUUCAAGACUUGCUUAUAAUUGUCUACUAUAUAUUUUUUUGCUUUAUCUUUUGUAACAUCCACUUCAGCCUUUCCUUGGAUUAAUCCAGUUUUUAAUUAAAGUCCACUAUUAAAAAUAAGGGUUCCAAAUGGGAGUUUUGCAUAUAAGAGCCAUUUUGUUUCAUUUUGUCAUUUAGUUCUUCUGAAAGUUUAAAAAUGCUGCCUUCUGAGGAUGCAUUCCAAGUUAGGAAGGCACAAAGGCAGUUCCAAAUGUUAGACAGAGCAUAGAUGCAUCCUUUACUUCCUUUGUUAUCCCACAAUCUUGUGCGUUCCAUUCUGUGACAAUUGAGCUAAAAAAUAAAGAUCAAAUCUGGAA